CCACACCUGCUUCUCUCUGUCCUGAAGAUCGUGGGCCUGGAUUCCGGCUUUGGAAGCUUCUGGGCAGACAAUCCCAGUGAGGAAUUGCAGGUCCUGGCCUUGUAGUGGCUGGGUGUGGGGAGCUGGCAUGAGCUGGCCCUCCAGCGUGUCGGACCUGCCUACCCAUUUCCCACAGAGUGACCCAGCUGACACCUGCUGCUCAAGUCUAAGCCUCUUCAGUCCUGCCUGGGUGAACCCCAGGAGGGGCUCAAGCUGCAGAACAACCAUGUGUGACACCCCAACCUGAGGGUCCUGCCUUGCUCUGUUUCAACCAAGGCUGCUCCACUGCCCUCAAACAUGGAAGAUUCCUAUCUCACCUCUAACGGUCCGUUCUCUACUGGCAAGAUCAUGGACCCUGAAAACUUCUUCGGUGAUAUUAAGAAAGCCCUGGAACAAGGGAAGCUGUUGAAUGUGAUCUCUGAGUUCAGGAAGAUGAAGGAGAGGCUGUCAAGAGCCUCAGUGAGCAUCGCUGUGACGGGGGACACGGGCAACGGCAUGUCAUCCUUCAUCAACGCGCUUAGAGUCGUUGGACAUGAGCAGGAGGACUCAGCUCCCACGGGGGUGGUGAGGACCACCCAGCGUCCAACCUGCUACUCCUCCUCCAGCUUCCCCUACGUGGAGCUGUGGGACCUGCCUGGCCUGGGGGCCACAGCCCAGAGCGUGGAGAGCUAUCUCGAGGAGGUGAAGGGCAGCCAGUACGACCUCUUCAUCAUCAUCGCUUCUGAGCAGUUCAGCUCCAAUCACGUGCAGCUGGCCAAAGCCAUCCAGAGGAUGGGAAAGAAGUUCUAUGUGGUGUGGACCAAGGUGGACAGAGACUUCAACACAAGUGCCCUCUCAGAAUCCCAACUGCGGCAGAAUGUCCAAAAGAACAUCUUGGAAAACCUCCAGAAGGAGUGGGUGAAGGGACCCCCCAUAUUCCUAGUAUGCAACUUUGACCCUUUUUCAUACGAAUUCACAGAUCUUAGGAAUGUACUGCAAAAUGACAUCUUUAACAUCAGGUACAACCCUAGUUUGGAGACCCUUUACUGCAUCUGUGAUAAAAGCAUCGAGGCUAGAGCAUUCUACAUGAAGGACCGGGAGCUCACACAAUACCUCCAGGGCGCUCUUCCCACUGGAGAUGCUGAAGACCUUCAGGGCUGUCUGGAAACCUACCAAAACCUCUUUGGUGUGGAUGAUGCGUCACUUCAGCAGGUGGCUCAGAGUGUGAGGUUUGGUGAAGACGUGAUGAAAUACAGGGCUGACAUGAAGUCUCAGAACUUUCGCAUUGCCUGCCAGAGGGACUUGGGACUGAGACUGUUGAUGUGCGUAGCUGUGAAGAAGUUUCUUGGGUUUCUUGGAUGUUGGUUCUGGUAUGGCUUGUUUAACUGGGUCAUCAGUGGCUUUCAACACCUGAGACGCAGGCGCAUCAUUGAAGUCAUUGCUCAGGACACGAAGAUCAUCCUGAGGAAGAUUCUGGAAGACUACAUGUCCUUUUUAUGAAAUCUAGCCUUGGGAAGGGUCUUGUUCUCACUUGGAAGUCAGGCCUUCCUCGGGGUCCUCCUCCUGGCUAGGUCCCCAGCUCUCCAUGAGAAACUAGGAAAUGCUUUCUAAGGGUUGUGACUCUUUUUAGAAGCGGCAAGAACACUACUUAUCUUCCUAGUUCAGUCCUAACGCCCUGCUCCUUUGAGGGAAAAGCAUCUAUUGAGAUAAUUAGCCAAGUUUCCUGAAAUUGAGCUUUUACUUUUCAUUGUAAUGCAUGUUUAAAUCAGAUUUUCCCCUAAACUAUUAAAGUUCAUUUGUCUUCAUUAA